ACUUCUUCCUCUCACGUUAUCUCCCCUCCAGAAGGCUGAGAUAGUGGAUAUGGUUAAGAAACAUGUAAAGGCCAUCACCCUGGCCAUCGGGGACCAAGCCAGCCAUGUUGGAAUGACCCAGACGGCCCACAUGGGUGUGGGAAUCCAUGGGAACGAGGGCAUGCAGGCCACCAACAACUCGGAUUAUGCCACUGUACAGUCUCGAUUUUACCUGAGAGCAGCUCUUGGACCGGAGCUGGGCAGAAGGGUGUCCUCCACGCUGGGGGCUGUUUCAUACUCCUCCAGGGAAAUGGGGGAAGCGAUUCCCAUAAGUCUUACGAUUCCUAUAAGACUUGAUCAGACAGAAAAAUCCGUGACAGAGAUUCUUGUUUCCAGGUUCUUACUUCAUUCAAUAAUUCUGACCCCCUUCUCACGACUAAGGUCCUAGAUGUGGAUCAGAUUAAAUUCAAAGCCUUGUAGGUGACAAGUGAAAAUCCAAGCAGAAUCUCCUGGGCAAAAAGGUGAUGUUUAUUCAUUUAUUUUAAUGAUAAAAGUUAAUUUUAUAAAGCUUUAAAAAAAUUCCUUCACAGUGAACAGUCACGUCAGGUUGUCUGGGAACAGGUUUCAUUCUGCUUCUGUCCUCCAGAGUGGGAACUGCUGAGGUGGGAAAACAACGUUUUGUGGAGUUGGUCAGUAAGUGGUAGGUUCCUUUGAACUCCAUUGACCAUUAUUUCUGUCUUUUAGUUUAGCUACUUAGAGAAGCUGCUGUUGGUUCAUGGAACUUGGAAUUAUUUUCGAGUGACCAAAUGCAUAUUGUAUCGUUUGUACAAGAAUGUUGUGUUAUAUACAUCAUUGAGGUGGGCACGCAUUUUCUCAAGUAGACCAUGCUGUGAUUUCUCAGGAAGAACAAGUCCGUUCUUACGACACUACCAAAAGCAAACCCCGGAGGACUUUUACUUCUGCUUUUUCCACGUCCACCACUGAGUAAGAUCUGGGUCCUUGUGUCCCGCAUUUUAUGUCCUUCCCUGAGAUGGCUACAGUGAGCCAGUACUCCUCAACACCCCUUCCUGUGACUGGCCAGUUUGUUAUUUAUGUAUCGAUUGAGUCACGAUCCUUGGGUUUAAAUAAUGGAGGAAACCUAUUGGCUUUUUCUUAAUUUA